UCUCCAUGGAAACUGUCAGCGGAAGAGAAAGUGGGAAAAUCUUGGAGCGGCUUUGAAUUAUUUGGGCAUCACUGUGUUUGCGUGUGUGUGUGUGCGUGUGUACGUGUGUUGGGGGGGAGGGGGGCAAACAAUAGGAUGGUGAGAAAAAUAUCAAGUGUUUGCCAUCCGAAUCAGUGAGGCAACACAUCCGCUUUGAAGACCUCACAAGGGAAUUAAAACAGAAAGGCAGGAGUGACGAACCAGAGCAGCGGUAAGGACAGUUGAGGACCUGCCAACACAAAACAGCCUGCAACCUGCUGCCUCUGCCUUCCAGGUGCCUUUACCAUGGUGACGCUAAAAGAAUCAAACGCUGUACAAUAAGCCGGAGGGGGAGAAAAAAAACUUGUUGCUGCUGCAUUGCCUCACUUUCAGCUCCAUCCCUUUGAACUUUGUUCCCACAAGAGCACUAACCUGGUGCAGACAUGCAUCUGGAAGUGAAGGUUGCUCUAAACUUCAUCGUGUCCUACUUGUACAACAAGCUGCCUCGUCGGCGAGCCGACCUGUUCGGCGAGGAGCUGGAGAGGAUACUGGUGGCUCGUUUUGAGGGUCACUGGUACCCUGAGGCCCCACUGAGGGGCUCUGCCUUCCGCUGCAUUCACCUGGGUGCACCAAGGGACCCUGUGGUAGAGCUGGCUGCCAAAAGAAGCGGGCUGGACACAGAGGAGGUGCGUGCAAAUGUUCCUGCAGAGUUGAGUGUGUGGAUUGACCCUUAUGAGGUGUCCUAUCAGAUUGGAGAGAAGGGUGCAGUGAAAGUGCUUUAUCUGGAGGACCCUCCUGGCCUCGGUUGUGACAACGAGAGGGCUGAAGGGGUCAUCAGAGAGGCUAAAGGAGAUGCAGAGGCAGAGGAGUCCAAGAGCUUGGGCUUUAACCCAGAUGCUCAAGUAUUUGUACCAAUUGGAACCCAGGCAUCUCCUUCCUUAAUGCCAUCCCUCUCAAGCUCUCCCACACCACUGUCUGCCCAGUCCUGCUCUGGGAUCUUCAGCUACCCCAGUUCCAGCACACCCACUGAUCCCGGCGUCCAUUCUUCCAAUACAUCUACCCCUUCUCCUCCCAGCAGUGGUCUGCCCUACCUCUCCAAUCAGCAGCCACCUGCUGCUCUUCCUGCCGCCCGUCCACAACCCAUCACCUUCACCACCGCCAGCUUCGCUGCCACUAAAUUCGGCUCCACUAAAAUGAAGAAGUGCAGCGGGGCUGGUUCAGCAGCUAGCUCUGUCACUGUACCGCCGUCCCAGAGGGUACACUCCCGCUCUCCUACCACCAUUUCAACACCAGAGCUGCUCAAGCACAAGCCCCUUUCUCUCUCCUUGCACUCCCUCGGAGGUCCCAUCCAUAGCCAGCUCUCCCCCAACGCCAAAGAGUUUGUCUACCCAGGAUCACCAGGCCCUCUUUAUUUUGAUGCCGACACACAGCCCAUGCAGCCUCUUGCCAGCCCUUUCCAACCUCCGCACACUGUCAACACCCACCCAUCUUUUGAUCCAUUCUCCAGCCCUCCUGCCCAGAGCGUGGGCAUCAUUGGCAGCAGCAGUGGGAUCUCUUACAUGGAAAAGCCGCCAUUUGUCGAGGGUUUAGGAAGCUACAACCUGCAAUAUCCUAGCCAGUCCUUCCAGCCUGUCGUGCUGGCCAACUAAGCCUUCAUUUGUAAUAAGAAUUGUUGCAGGAGCAGUUGGGUGUAUGGAAGUGAUGCUCCAGAAAUUUUCAGUUUUUCUAAGAAAUUGUUCUAAUACUAAGACAUGUUAAGAAUUAGUUUUACUACAAAGAUUUAAAAUGUCCACUGAAUAUUUCAUGUGACUUGUUUGGUAUCUCUAUAACCCCCCCACCCCCACCCCCACACACACACAAAAAACAAAACAGACCCACCCUUCCCAUGUCCACUGCUGUUACUCGUCAUGUUUUGUGUGUUGGCUUUGACAGGAAUGGGUGCAUUUCUUUCUACCUUUUAGCUGUUGCCAGUUUCAUGUUUAUGAAUUUGCAAUUAAUGCUAAUGAGGUUUUUUGU